AUGAAGGCAACGACGACAGCACUCCUCUUCCUCGCAGCCGCCGUCACCACCACGGCUGCUGCCCCCCAAGCCCACCACCAGCACGCCCGCCGCCAGAACGCGAAAGAAUACGACGUCCUCACCACCCCGGACGCCGACAUCGCCGCGCUGCUGGCCUCCUCGUCCAUCGCUGCCGACGACGAUGUCAUUUCCGCCACGUUCGACAACCCCCGUUUCCGCGGCUUCUCGGGCGCCUUCACUGACGAGGAAGUGGCGACGCUGAGGGCUGCUGAGGGCGUGGUGGUCAGCGUGCGGGAGGCGGUCGAGGAGAAGAUGGUGGUGCCGGAGAUGCGGAGGCGGAGGCGGAUGGGGAUGGGAGGGAAGAAGAAGAGGGAGGAGGUGGACGUGGAGAAGAGGCAGGAGAGCGGAGGAGGGGUUGAGAGCAGGGACGAUGCGACGUGGGGGUUGCAGAGGAUUAGUCAGGAGGGGAAGGUGGAGGUGGUUGGGGGCAGUACGACGGGGAGGGGAUACACGUACACCUGGAAGGACACGUCCACGCUCGGCGCAGGUGUGGACAUUUACGUCAUGGAUUCCGGUAUCUAUACGGAACAUGAAGAAUUUGGUGGACGUGCGAUCGAGGGGUACAACUUUUACCCUGACCAACCGGGCGACAAAUUCGGCCACGGAAGCCACUGUGCCGGCUCUGCUGCUGGAUCAACUGUUGGCGUCGCGACCAACGCGAGCCUCAUCUCCGUGAAAGUCAUCGCAGAUGAUGGGCUUGGUUCCACGUCGGGUUACCUCGGCGGCAUCGAUUGGAUCCUGUCUCGCCACGCGAACCGUUCCACCGAAGCCGAUUUCGUCGCCUCGGUCGUCUCCAUCUCCCUCUCCUGGAGCCGCGUCUUCGAAACCAUCGACACAGCCACCAAAGAGCUGACAGCCGCCGGUCUCCACGUCGCCAUCGCCGCCGGCAACACCUACAACGACGCCUGCACGUACUCGCCCGCCUCCCUCGGCGGCGCCGCCAACGCCAACGCCGCGCUCGUCGUCGGCGCCAGCACCAUCGCCGACAGCAUCCUCUGGUUCUCCUCGACGGGGCCCUGCGUCGACGUGUACGCCCCCGGCGCCGAGAUCGUGUCGGCAGCAGUUACGGGCGGACCGACCGACUACGUCUCCGACAGCGGGACAAGCAUGGCCACGCCGCACGUGGCGGGGUUGCUGGCGGUGCUGGCUGCAGAUGACGCUGCGGCGUUGGCGGACAGCCCUGCGGCGGCGAAGGAGAGGUUGGUGGCGUUGGCGAGGGGCGGCGGGGUUUUGGCGCAGAAUGAGAAUUUUGUGGAGGGGGGUGAGGUGCUGUUGGUUGGGAAUGGGGCUUAUUAG